AUGUCUUCCAAGGCCCCGGACACCAGCGGCUCCGAGCCUGACGUCAGUGUCCGCGAUGAGCUUCCCCCUUCCACCGGUGAGGUCCUAGGUUCUGUCGAACCACAUGUCUUCUCCAAUCCUAGACGUGCCGCACACUGGCAGCAAGUCUACGAAAGUGCGACAUAUGAGGGGAGACAUCGGUUCAAUGCGACAUUGACAUGGUCGGCGGAGGAGGAGAAGCGACUCAAGAAGAAGUUGGACUGGAGAAUCAUGACCUGGGUCUGGAUAAUGUUUUCCAGUCUCGAUUUAGUACGCAGGAACGUAAAUCGUGCAGUGUCCGACAACAUGCUAGACGACCUGAAAAUGAACACCAAGCAAGUAGUGGACGGCCCUUCUGAUUACAACACCGGCCAAACAAUCUACCUCGUCUGUUUCCUUGCCGCUGAACUGCCUGGUGGCCUCAUCAGCAAGAAAGUUGGACCCUUCAGAUACACUCCGACCAUCAUCACAAUGUUCGGUGUGCUGUGUGCCCUCCAAACGCUCAUGAACAAUCGAGCUAGCUUUUGGGCUUUCCGUGGGCUUCUCGGUUUCGUGCAAGGGGGCUUCAUUCCGGAGAUGGUGCUUUAUCUCUCGUACUUUUAUAAGAACAACGAACUCCCCAUCCGCCUUAGUGUGUUUUAUACAGUCAUCCCCAUCACGCAGAUCUAUGGUGCCCUACUGGCGGCGGGCUUCCUCGCCAUGAGGGGUAUCAGAGGUUGGGCGGGUUGGCAAUGGCUUUUCCUCUUCGAAGGACUCAUCUGCGUCAUCAUCGGUUCUAUAAGCUUCUUCGUCAUGCCUCCUUCUGUCUGCGAGCCCGCUCGCGCGUUCAGGCGACCAGAUGGAUCUAACAAGUGGUGGACAGAACACGAGGAAGAGGUCCUCGUGAACCGAAUCCUCAGAGACGACCCUACGAAAGGCGACAUGAAUAAUCGAACUGCCGUAACUUUCCACGGUCUCUGGACAGCGCUGACGACUGUGGACCUGUGGCCCAUUUUCCUCGUUGGCCUCUUUGCCUGGAUUCCGUUCCAGCCGACAGCCAACUACCUGUCCCUCAUCCUUCGCGACAUGGGGUACUCUGUCUUCGAGUCCAAUAUGCUUGCGAUACCAAGCUAUGCCCUAUUCGCCAUCAAUGCAAGUAUAGUUCUGAUCUUUGGUUGGUUAUCCGAAUAUUUCAAAGAACGUUCCAUCAUAUCGUCCUGCAGCAAUAUCUGGAUGCUUCCUUUCUUCAUCGCACUUAUCGCUCUGCCCGAAUCGGCCAACCCCUGGGUCCGGUACGCCUUGCUCACCGGGAUCAACUCGAUCCCAUACACGCACUCCGUACUCGUCGGAAUGGCGAGUCGCAACUCACGUAGUGUGGGUACCAGAGCGGUCGCAACAGCUGUGUACAACAUGACGUACCAGAUAGGCAGCAUAGCUGCUGUCAACAUCUAUCGAGACGAGGAUAAGCCGUACUAUUACACCGCUAAUAAGACUUUGAUUGGGCUUUGUGUAUUCAACAUUCUCCUAUUCAUUGGCAUGAAGCUAUAUUACAUCUGGCGUAAUCGUAUACUUGAGAGGAGAUACGCAGAGGCUUCAGAGGCAGAAAAGCAGACGGCUAUCGAUAUGCGAUUUGCCCACUAG